CGCAAUUAUUUCUCGCCUCGACGAGAUGUCCCGGAGGAAUUCGAUUUUGACGGUAAAUUUCGUUAGAAAUUAUUGCUAAUUGGCCUUAUUCAGAGUCCUAAUAAGAGCACACUGCCCCGGUUCCCGGUAUCCGGCCGCGAUGUCCCUGUACCACGCGAACGCCGGCCAGGCGGAAAUCAUCCGCACCAUCCAGAAGGACGAAAGCUACGUCGAGGAAAUCCGGUCCCAGCUGAGCGACAUCCUGCUGCUGCUCAGCCAGAAAAACUGGUUCAAAUAUCAGCACCUGUGCCGGCUGAUAGCCGAAGUCCUGUACCAUCACUAUGCGAUCGUACAUAACCUGCAGACGCUCGGCGAGGAGUACACCGGCAUCAUACAGGUCGAUUCAAACUACGUGAUGCUACCGAACAAGGCCUUGCAAAUCCUUUGCAUCCUGCUGGAAUAUGGUGGUGAACACGUGGUUGAACGGAUCCUAACGCGGCUGCAGAUGGCGAUCGACCGUAGCGAAGAGUUGUUGCCGAAGGCAAAGGAAAACUUCAACCGAACGCUGGAUGGGUUGAAGUUUAUCGUUCCGUACGUUCGGGGCUUCCACACCAGUUUGUUCUACAUCGUCGGUGGAAAGUAUCACAUAUCGAAGCGGCUGACGGGAAUUAACUACGUACUGAUCCGGAAUUGGUUGAAGGAGAAUCACUCCGUUUACGGGUUUCGGGUGCUGGGAUUCGUUACGCUAGCGCAGCUAGUGCUUUCGCUGGUGGUGAAAGCGAGGGAUCACUGGAAUAGGUUGAAAACGACGGCUGUGCCGCCGUCGGCAGAUCCGAGUAGAGUUGUUCACACAGAAAAACAGCGGCCAAUCAGCGGGCGGAAGUGCACUCUCUGCAUGGAAGUCGCGCUGGAUUUGAGUGUCACCCAGUGCGGGCACCUGUUCUGUUGGACCUGCAUCCUGAGCUGGCUGGACGAACGGCAGAUUUGUCCGAUUUGUCGCGAAGCGAUAAAAAAGUCACGUGUCGUAAAGUUGCAGAAUUUUCACUGACUAGCAGCGGAUGGCAGUUCACAUGGUUCCUUAGUUGCACACACGCUUGCUUAGAUCGAACGGGUGAGGUUAUGUUUAUGAUUACGUUUAAUAUGUACAGUGUGUACCUCGGAAGCUUCUUUUUUUCGAGACUGAUUCGCUUUUUCGUUAUAACAUGUUGUUUUAGGGGAUAAAAUUUAGAAGUUUUGAACGAAAUAUUUACAUAAAAGAGGCGUCCGCUCUUACGGCGACGCCGUCGCAUUCCUAGGCGCGGAAGAAGGCCUAAUAAAUUAGUAUUUUGG